CAUAUGUAUUAAGAAAUGUUACCGUUUAACAACACUACCUGCAUAUGAAUUAGUGAAAAUGCAACGCUACCCUGCACUGUCUCUUGACAUGUCAAGUGAUUAAUGAAAAUUCUUCGCGUUUGCAGUGAAUAUGUAAAUUCUUCAAAAACGUUUUAAGAUGACGGAGAAGAUUACUUUGGCGGACGCUUUGUCCAAUGUGGAAGUACUGGAUGAAUUAUCAUUGCCUGAUGAGCAGCCAUGCAUUGAAGCGCAGCCUUGUUCCAUUAUUUAUAAAGCAAACUUCGAUACAAACUUCGAAGAUCGUAAUGGUUUUGUUACCGGAAUUGCUAAAUAUAUCGAAGAGGCCACAACACACGCCAAUUUGAAUGUUUUGUUGGAGGAAGGACAGAAACAUGCUGUUAUGUUAUAUACUUGGCGUUGCUGCUCACGCGCUAUACCACAGCCUAAAUCGAAUGAGCAGCCAAAUCGUGUCGAGAUAUACGAAAAAACCGUAGAAGUGUUGGCACCGGAAGUAAACAAAUUAUUGAAUUUCAUGUAUUUUCAGCGCAAAGCCAUAGAGGCAUUUUCUGGUGAAGUAAAACGUCUAUGUCAUGCCGAGAAACGUAAAGAUUUUGUUUCCGAAGCUUAUUUAUUAACAUUGGGAAAGUUCAUCAACAUGUUUGCUGUAUUGGAUGAAUUGAAAAAUAUGAAAUCCAGUGUUAAGAACGAUUACAGCACUUACAGACGUGCUGCACAAUUUUUGAAAGUAAUGUCAGAUUCGCAUACACUGCAAGAGUCUCAGAAUCUUUCAAUGUUUCUGGCCACACAAAAUAAAAUACGUGACACUGUUAAGGACACAUUAGAGAAAAUCAUUGGGUAUGAAGAUCUAUUAUCGGAUGUUGUAAAUAUCUGUGUGCAUAUGUUUGAAACAAAAAUGUACUUGACACCCGAAGAAAAGCAUAUGUUAGUUAAAGUGAUGGGCUUCGGCUUGUUUUUGAUGGACAGUGAUGGUUGCAAUAUCAAUAAAUUAGAUCAAAAGAAAAAAAUACGUUUAGAUCGCAUUGAUCGUAUAUUUAAAAACCUGGAAGUGGUACCGUUAUUUGGCGAUAUGCAAAUUGCUCCUUUCAAUUACAUCAAACGUAGCAAACACUUUGAUUCCAGUAAGUGGCCACUAUCCAGUUCAAACGCAAUUAGUCCACAGGCUGACUUAAUGGUACAUUUACCACAGAUACGUGAAGAUCAUGUUAAGUAUAUAUCUGAAUUGGCGCGUUAUACAAACGAAGUCACAACAACGGUUAAAGAAAAUCCGACUGAUGCAGAAAAUCGCGCUACAUCAGAUUUAGCACUACGUGGCUUACAGUUACUCUCAGAGUGGACAAGUGUAGUGACUGAAUUGUAUUCUUGGAAACUUUUGCAUCCUACCGACCAUCACCAAAAUAAAGAAUGUCCCGUAGAGGCAGAGGAAUAUGAACGUGCGACGCGCUACAACUACACUUCAGAAGAGAAAUUUGCACUGAUUGAAGUAAUAGCAAUGAUCAAAGGUUUACAGGUUCUUAUGGCACGCAUUGAAACAGUACUGUGUGAAGCUAUACGUCGAAAUAUAUAUUCAGAAUUACAGGAUUUUGUACAAGUUACACUGCGCGAACCCUUACGUAAAGCUGUCAAAAAUAAAAAAGAUCUUAUACGUAGUAUAAUAAUGUCAGUGCGUGAAACAUCAGCCGAUUGGCAGAAAGGUUACGAACCUACUGAUGAUCCCGCAGGAAAAGGCAAAAAAGAUCCCGAUGGCGGAUUUCGUAUACAUGUGCCACGUUUAAAUGUGGGUCCAUCAUCUACACAACUCUAUAUGGUGCGCACUAUGUUGGAAUCGCUUAUAGCUGAUAAAAGUGGUGGGAAACGCACUCUGCGUAAGGAUAUUGAUGGCACAUGUUUAAUGCAAAUUGAUACUUUCCACAAGACAUCAUUUUACUGGAGUUAUUUGCUUAACUUUAGUGAAACCUUACAAAAAAGCUGCGACCUUUCGCAACUAUGGUAUAGGGAAUUCUAUUUGGAAAUGACGAUGGGGCGUAAAGUCAACAAAUGUAUGGUACGUCACCAGCAUAAUGAGGAAUGUAAAGAUUUAAUUACUAUGGAAAAACGCAUACAAUUUCCAAUUGAAAUGUCUAUGCCUUGGAUAUUAACAGAUCAUAUUUUGCAAACAAAGGAACCCUCUAUGAUGGAAUUUGUUUUAUAUCCUUUGGAUUUGUACAACGAUUCGGCUCAUUAUGCUUUGACAGUAUUUCGUAAGCAGUUCUUGUAUGAUGAAGUGGAAGCAGAAGUAAAUUUAUGUUUUGAUCAAUUUGUUUACAAUUUAAGUGAACAGAUAUUUGCGCACUAUAAGCAAUUAGCGGGAAGCAUAUUUUUGGAUAAACGUUUCCGUUUGGAAUGUGAAGUACUUGGUUUUAAUUUUCAGUCUUAUCCUCGCAAUAAUCGCUAUGAAACACUUUUGAAGCAACGUCAUGUGCAACUGCUGGGUCGGUCUAUUGAUUUAAAUAAACUUAUAACACAACGAAUCAAUGUAAAUAUGCACAAGAGUAUUGAAUUGGCCAUAAGUCGAUUUGAAGCAAAUGAUAUUACUGGAAUUGUGGAACUUGAGGGUUUGUUAGAAGCCAAUCGAAUUUGUCACAAGCUUCUAAGCAAAUAUUUAGCUUUGGAUAAUUUUGAUGCAAUGGCUAAAGAGGCAAAUCACAACGUUUUAGCACCAUAUGGACGCAUUACUUUACAUGUUUUUGUGGAAUUGAAUUAUGAUUUUUUGGUUAGUUAUUGCUACAAUGCAGCAACAAAUCGUUUUGUACGCAGCAAAGUCAAUUUAUCAUCCACUCAACCAAUACAUCGCGACAAGCCAGCGCAAAUGUCUCAUUACUACCUAUGGGGUUCAAAGCAAUUGAAUGCUGCUUAUUCAACACAGUAUGGACAAUAUACAGGCUUUGUUGGUGCACCGCAUUUUCAUGCUAUGUGCCGUUUGCUUGGAUAUCAAGGCAUAGCAGUGGUAAUGGAUGUAAUCCUAAAAGAUAUCGUUAAACCUUUAAUACAAGGUUGUCUAUUGCAAUUUACAAAAACUCUUAUGAGUGCUAUGCCCAAAUCUUGCAAACUACCACGUUGCGAAUAUGGCUCACCAGGUGUGCUUAGUUAUUACCAAGCACAUUUAACUGAUAUUGUGCAAUAUCCUGAUACAAAAACGGAGUUAUUCCAAUCAUUUCGAGAAUUUGGAAAUUGUAUUAUAUUCUGUUUACUAAUCGAACAAGCUUUAUCACAGGAAGAAGUGUGUGAUUUAUUACACGCAGCGCUAUUUCAAAAUAUAUUUCCAAGACCAUUUUGUAAAGAAAACGAGAAACCAGAAGCCAAACAAAAACGUCUCGAAGCUCAAUUUGCGAACUUGCAGAUAGUAUCAAAUGUGGAGAAGAUAGGCACUGCUAAGCAAGCCAUGAUUGCACGUGAAGGUGAUCUACUAACACGAGAACGCCUUUGUUGUGGUUUAAGCAUUUUCGAAGUUAUAUUAAAUCGCAUCAAAGGUUAUUUAGAUGAUCCAGUCUGGUGUGGCCCUCCGCCAGCCAAUGGAAUUAUACAUGUUGAUGAAUGUUCGGAAUUUCAUAGACUUUGGUCAGCCUUACAGUUUGUUUAUUGUAUACCGGUGCGUGGUACAGAAUAUACCAUUGAAGAACUCUUUGGUGAAGGUCUUAAUUGGGCCGGUUGCGCUAUGAUUGUACUGCUCGGUCAACAACGACGCUUUGAGGCUUUAGAUUUCUGUUAUCAUAUAUUACGCGUGCAACGAGUUGAUGGAAAAGAUGAGGAUGUGAAAGGAAUCAAACUGAAACGUAUGGUGGAUCGCAUACGUCGUUUCCAAGUAUUAAAUUCACAAAUUUUUGCUAUUCUAAAUAAAUAUCUAAAAAGUGGCGAUGGUGAAGGAUCAAAUGUUGAACAUGUACGUUGCUUCCCGCCACCACAACAUCCUUCGGUUAUUUCUUCACAUUAUCAAGACCCUAACAAGUUGAGACAAAGUUUAAAUAACUAAGUAUGAGUAUUUAAAUAUAUAUGCAAAAUUAGAAAACUGCGCUUUUAAGUGUAAGUUUUAUGAUUAAGUAGUUCUCUUAGCCACUUAGAUUUUAUAUACAUACUAAGUUAAAUUAAGUGUUGCUUCUCUUUUAAGCAACA